UAUUACUGUUUAAAAGAAAAUAGUAUUUUUAUUAAACCGGCUUGCUUUGAUUUUUCUAAUCACUUUUGUAGGAAACUUGGUCUGUUUUUCAUAUUUUCGACCACAUUUCUUCUGAUAUCGGUGAUAUUUCCUUCCUGUGUGAGGAGAACUAACUGAUCCUGAAACAGAUUGAUAACCGUCUGCAGACAUGGAAGAAGAGACUCCACUGCUGAUCAAAAGACAUGAAUCCAAGAUCAAUAACUCGCGGCUGUUCCUGGCGGUCUUCUCCGCCGUCCUGGGGAACUUCAGCUUCGGUUACUCUCUGGUCUACUCGUCCCCGGUGCUGCCGCAGCUCAUGGGCCCCGACGCCGACCCUCGGCUCCGGUUGGGCACGGUUCAGGCCGCCUGGUUCGGCUCCAUCUACCCGCUGGGCGCCGCGGCCGGCGGGCUGGGGGCCAUGCUGCUCAACGACCUGAUUGGACGCAAGCUGAGCAUCAUGAUGUCAGCGCUGCCGUCGAGUAUCGGAUACUUGCUGAUGGGGGGGGCUGCCGACAUAUGGAUGCUCCUCGGGGGGCGUUUCCUCACAGGCGUUGCCGGGGGGAUGACCGCAGCAUCCAUUCCUGUUUACAUCUCAGAGAUCUCCCACAAAGACGUGAGAGGAACUUUGGGCUCCUGCCCUCAGAUCACGGCAGUGUUUGGGGCGCUGGCGCUCUACGCCCUGGGUCCGGUGGUGCCGUGGCGGUGGCUGGCGGUGGUGGGGGAGGUGCCCGCCCUGCUGAUGGUCGUGCUGCUGGCGUUCAUGCCCAGCUCCCCCAGGAGGCUGCUGGCUCUGGGCAGAGAGCAGCAGGCCGAGAGGGCCCUCCGCUGGCUGAGGGGGAAACACUACGACACCGACGUGGAGCUCAGCGCCAUACAGCGCAGCAUCAACACGCAGGGUAAAGUCACGUGGUCGCAGCUGGCCACGCCCAUCUACUACAAACCGAUCCUCAUCUCAGUGGUGAUGCGUUUCCUGCAGCAGAUGACGGGCAUCACGCCCACCCUGGUCUACCUGGAGACCAUCUUCUCCAAAAGCAACGUCUCCCUGGCGCCCAGUUACGACGCCAUCAUUGUGGGCGCCGUCCGCCUCUUCUCGGUUGCCGUGGCAGCCAGUUUGAUGGACAGGGCCGGACGCAAAGCCCUGCUGUACGUGUCCAGCCUGCUGAUGUUCCUGUCCGCUCUGACUCUCACCAUGAUCUCCCACACCACAGCUUGCCCUCCGGGCCCCGCCCCUCCUAACCUCACCGUGGGUUUGGACUACAGCUCCCACAAUGCCUUUGGAGACACUUUGGCUGCCGGUCCCCAAACCGCAGCAGGCCAUCCUCUCAUCAGCACCAUGGUGUUCAUAUUCGGAUACGCCAUGGGAUGGGGCCCAAUCACGUGGCUGCUCAUGUCCGAGGUGUUGCCGCUGGUUGCCAGGGGCGUGGCCUCGGGUCUGUGUGUGACAGUCAGCUGGCUGACGGCCUUUGCGCUCACGCAGGCCUUCACGCACCUGGUGGACAGGUACGGCCUGUACCUGCCCUACCUGUGCUCCACGGUGGUGUGCGUGCUCUGCCUGCUGUUCAGCGCCGUGUGCGUGCCGGAGACUCGCGGCCGCUCGCUGGAAGAGAUCGAGAACUAUUUCAGGACGGGCCGAACGUUCACCAUCGGCAGGAGUCGGUCCACCGCGCAGUGAAACCGAAGCGUGGAGCUCAAAUAUACCUCAGAAACACGGCUACUGCAGUGUUUAUGUUUGUAUUAUUAUGUAAUAUAAUCAAUAUUAAAGGUCUAAGUAGCAUCUGAAAAAUGGACAACUAGAAUAAUGACAUGAUCACUGAUUGUAAAAAGCAAUAAUAAUGUCCCAUUAAUACAUAAUUAUACAACACUAACACACAAUGUACCAACAGGAGAAGAUUUUUCUGUUAAUAAGAACACAUUUCCUCUUUAAAUACAUUUUAAUGUUCCAUGUGCUGACAAUCCUAUGUAUUCCUUUGAUCCAUGUUGUAUUCAUACAUGUAACAUUAAAUUCACUUGAGUGCUGA